AGAGAGAGAGAGAGAGAGAGAGAGCCAUGGGUUCAGAGUGGAAUCCUUUGGAGACAACGAGGAUGUUGUUAGUGGUCGGACAGUUAUUACUGAUAUCAUCGUCAUUAUCAUCUUCUCAAACUGUAUCUCCCAACUGCCAAGAAACUUGUGGAGUCGUCGCUGUGCCUUACCCCUUCGGCAUCGGAGAUGGUUGCUACUUGAACGACCGCUUCUCCAUCCGCUGCAAUGUCACCGAUGGUGCUGCCUCCACCCCGAAACCCUACUUACGGGAUUCCAACAUCGAAGUCCUCAACAUAUCGAUCGACGGCGAGCUCCGCAUCUACACCCAUAUUGGCAAGGACUGCUACACCGAGGCUGGCGCACAGGAACAGCGGAGCUCGCUCGCCUACGCCAUCCUCUCCUCUUUCCCUUUCUCCAACACCAAGAACAAGUUCACGGCCAUCGGGUGCGACACGGUCGCCGUGAUCGCAGGAUCUAAUGGGCAGGGAUUCUCGAGCGGCUGCCUCUCGGUGUGCACCGGGAUGGACGACGUGACUGAUGGGGCGUGCGAUGGUAUCGGGUGUUGCCAGACCACUAUACCCGAGAUGCUCCUCAAUUACAAUGCCAGUGUGGGCAGCCUGAAGAACCACACCAACGUGUGGAGAUUCAAUCCUUGCAGUUAUGCAUUCUUAGUUGAAGACAAGUCCUUCAAUUUCAGUAAAGAGGAUCUUAAAGGCAUGAAGAACACGGUGGUCCCCUCGGUGCUCGACUGGGCCGUUUGGAAGGAAACUUGUGACGAAGCAGCGAAGGACCCGGCGAGCUUCGCUUGUAAGGCGCACAGCGAGUGCUUUGAUUUUGCCGACAUCGGUUACCGAUGUAAUUGCUCUUCUGGGUAUGAGGGGAAUCCAUACCUUGGCUGUGUAGAUAUCAAUGAAUGUGAUGAUCCAGAGAAGUACCCGUGUGAUGGAAUUUGCCAUAACAUCGAGGGGAGUUAUACAUGCUUAUGCCCAAAGGGUUAUCAUGAUGAUGGCAAGGAGGGUGGAGAUGGAUCGAGAUGCAUUGUUAAUUCUAAAUCAUCACAUUUGGUGACCAUUUUGGUUGGUCUUGGUGUGGGCAUAAUAGUGUUGUUAUUCAGCGCAGGCUUUCUGUAUUUGGGACUUAAGAAAAGGAAACUCAUUAGGCUCAAAGAACAAUACUUCAAGCAAAAUGGUGGCUUGCUUUUGCAGCAACAAUUACACGAACACGAUAGAACCACAAACGCCGCAAAAAUCUUCAAUGCUGAGGAGCUAGAGGUGGCCACCAACCAUUAUGAUGACAGCAGAAUAGUCGGCCGAGGAGGAUAUGGCACCGUUUACAAAGGGAUCUUGCCGAAUAGCACUAUAGUUGCGAUUAAGAAGUCCAAGCUGGUGGACAAGAACCAAAUCGAGCAAUUCAUUAAUGAGGUCAUAGUGCUUUCCCAGAUCAAUCAUCGAAAUGUGGUCAAACUAUUGGGGUGUUGUUUGGAAACAGAAGUACCUCUGUUAGUGUAUGAGUUCGUGAACAAUGGGACUCUCUUCGAACAUAUCCACAACCCGAACAAGUCCUCCAAGAUGUCCUGGGAGACCCGGUUGAGAAUUGCCUCGGAAACUGCAGGAGUCCUAUCAUAUUUGCACUCUGCAGCUUCCAUUCCUAUAAUCCAUCGAGACGUCAAGUCGACGAAUAUCCUCUUGGAUGCUAAUUACACUGCGAAAGUCUCUGACUUCGGAGCUUCACGAUUAGUCCCGCUUGAUCAAGCUGAAUUGUCUACAAUGGUUCAAGGAACAUUGGGAUACUUGGACCCUGAAUACCUGCACACUAGUCAAUUGACGGAAAAAAGCGAUGUUUAUAGCUUUGGCGUUGUGCUAGUCGAGUUGUUGACAGGGAAGAAGGCGCUCUCUUUCGAUCGACCCGAAGAAGAGAGAAGCUUGGCCAUGUACUUUCUUUCGGCGUUGAAAGAAGAUCGGUUGUUUCAGAUUGUUGAGGAACUCAUGGCACAUGAAGACAAUGAGCAAGUGAAGAGGGUUGCCGAUCUUGCAAAGAGGUGCUUGAAAUUAAAAGGCGAAGCGAGGCCAACCAUGAAGGAAGUGGCAAGUGAAUUGGAUGGAAUAAGGGCAAUGGCUAACCAUCCAUGGGUUAAUAUUGAUUUGAAUUCAGAAGAGACCGUUCAUUUGCUCGGAGAGAUGACUGACUCCAUUGUUUAUGCAGAGAGUAGUAACACCACGAACACCGGGUAUACUGAUAGCAUGAAAAACCAUGUCAUGCCACCAGUUAAUAGUGGCAGAUGAGAAGAUUGUACAACAUUAUACCUUUGACUUUGAUAAUAUUCAUUAUUCACUUGUCAGUAGCAUCAUAAGCCAAUAGGAAAAGGUACUUUUUUCUGGCGU